AUGAAAGCUAAUUGGGAUGCAGCCUUGGAUCAAAAGGAAGGGAAGAUGGGGGUUGGAAUAGUUAUAAGGGAUGAGCAUGGAGAAGUUUUAGCAGCUAUGUGUGGUCAAAGGCACCAUGUACAUCAAGCGACAACAGCAGAGAUUCUAGCCCUUUGGAGAGCUAUGGAGAUCUGUAAUGAUCUUAAUUUACGCAGGGUAGUAUUUGAAGGGGAUGCUCAGGUGGUCAUCAAGGGUAUUAAUGAAGACAAUGAAGAUUUUCUAGACUAUGGGAUGGUGAUAGUAGAUGCAAAGAAGUUAAUCAAGCUAAUAAAAGACUGGAAAGUUCAGUAUACACAUAGAAGCACAAAUGAGGUAGCACACAUACUGGCAAAAAAUGCUUUAAAGUUAGAUAGUGAACAGAUAUGGAUAGAAGAAUUUCCUAAUUGUAUUGCUCAAGUCUUAGAAAGAUAUAGGAGAUGUAUUGACAACAACUUUCAUCAAUGA